CAGCUUUUUCCUUGUCAUUUUGCUUCUCCGCCCCUCUGUUUUUGUUGUGUUUUAGGUGUGAUGCUGGUGGUAAAGCAGAAGAAGAUACUUUAAAUCUAUUCGUGUAUUAGUGGAUCCCAAGAAGAAAAAACGAAUAAAUCGCUGAAGUUGCGCGUUGUCAUGAUCGGCUUCGUCAUGCAGUUGCUCUAGAGAGGACUAUGGAUAUUCGCCACAAAAGAAACAUCGAGACCCAGAUCAACAAUUACUGCGUUCAAUAAGGAUGGUGACAGCGAAAAAUGUGUUACUGGAACCAAAGCAGAUAUUAAGUUAACCUCCCAUUGUACGUGAAACGUCCGCACACCAUACCAGCGCGGCAAAGUGAACCAACACCCAUAAACUCGAACGGAAACAAAAUACAAUGCUUGCUGUAAAGUAUUAUCUCGCUUAAUUAAGUAGAAACAUUGACGCAGGACCUUGAACUGUUCUUCAUGGAGAGAGGGUGAGCCAGUGGAGGUGUAACCCACUCCCUCUCAUGAGCGUUUGGACGCGGAAGUAGAAUCUAAUAUUAAAUACCCCGUGGUUUUCCCAGAUAACUCGUGAUACAAACCACACACACGGAAGAUUUUAGUCAACACUCGCAGACGCUUAUAAGCACCAGCUUGCAGCACAAGUAAUUUGCUCACCAUGUUACAGCCGAAGUACCUAAUUUUUUUAAGCUAUUACAUGCUGUCGUCCGUUCAGACGGCACCUGAGCCUGGAUUUCAAGCAAGAAUUACCAAACGCGGCCUGGAUUACGUAAACGAAAAUGCUUUGGUGACCCUGGUGGCUGAGCUUCCAAGGACAAACAUCCCUGAUCAGUCUGGCAGUUCUGGUGAUAUUGAAUAUUCUCUUUAUGAGAUCCGAAUAUUGCCAGACAUACGGGCACCUAGCAGCACCAUCACUCUCGGUCCCGGCAAUGGCCUGACAUGGUCAGCUUCAAAUGCUGGCCUCAGUCUACACGCGGGCUGGAGAGUCAAGUACAAGAAGGGCUGGGUUAAGAUUUCCACAUCAGGGACUGUGGAUGUGACGUUAUCUGGCAUCAACUUUGGCAUCACCAUCAACAUUGGCCAAGAUGCAAAUGGCAGGCCCUCUACCAGUGCUGCAGGAUGUCAGAGCAGUAUCGGUGGUGUUUCCAUCAGCAUUCAUGGAGAACUUUCUGUUAUUCUCAAUUUGUUUAAGGGAAUCGUAGAGAAAAAAGUGAGAGAAAUCAUUCCUGGAAAGUUGUGCAAUGCAGUCACAAACAUAGUCAAUAUAAAUGCAGAAAGUCAAAUGCAGAAGCUGAAAGUGGUCAUACCUCUGUUGGGAAAUCGGUUUCUUCUGGACUAUCGCCUAAUUUUGCCCCCAUCCUUCACUUCACUUUAUCUACAGACGUACCACAAGGGAGAGAUUACAUGGGCAGCUAACCCAAGUUCACCACCCUUCUCCCCACAGCCGAUCCCAUCUUCAGGAGACAGCAGCAAAAUGGCAUACUUGUGGAUUUCUGAGUAUCUGCCUCAGUCUUUAGCAUAUGCUGCACAGAGCAAUGGAUUUCUGCGCUACAAUCUUACAAGCCAAGAUUUUAAAUCCGGGAAUGAGAGUGUCUUGAAUACCACCUGCCCUGGACACAUCUGUAUAGGCACGCUGUUUCCAGCUAUUGCUAAGAAGUACCCCAACAGCCAAGUGGAACUGCGCAUGAGCUCAUCUGAGAUGCCAGUUGUCAAGAUGAGACCAGGCUCACUGGGUGCUAGCUUUAUGGGGAACAUUGACUUCUAUGCCCACACACCUUGUGGACAAAUAGCUUAUUUACUCACCCUCAAUGUGUCUGCCAGCAUGAACUUCAGUGCUUCAUUAAGCAAUGAAAAGUUAAUGGGAAAAAUCUUUGGCACGAGGACCAUUGUCAGUGUCCAGGCAUCUGCUAUUGGGCCUUUGAAUGACAAGGUGAUCAAUUUCAUGGUGGAUACAAUGAUGGACCUGUUCAUUGUGCCAAAGUUAAAUGAGGUGGGCAGUAGAGGUUUCCCCCUCCCUACAGUUGACAAUAUCAAGUUUGUCAAUUCUGAGCUUGAAAUCAUACAAGAUACACUUUUGGUUGCAACUGAUGUGCAGUACAUUGCCAGAAGAUGAAGCAUUUAGAACAUCUACAAAAGCUUGCUUUUCUUGAAAUAAGUUGUAAUUGAGGUAUUUUUUAUCACUUUGUGUACUGUUGACAGACUGUUAAUGAUUAUUAGCAAAAUUGGCAUCCUGCAAAAUAAUAGUCGAAUAAUUUACUGUUACGAUAGCUUCAAGAUUUUAAAAAAAUACUUGUGUGUGUGCGUGCGUGCAUACUUGUAUGUGUAAUCUAGAAAGUAAGCUGAAGUUUCCAGAAGCUGAGUGAAGUGUACUCCAUGAACACCCUGAGUAAUUGUAAGCAAAGUGUUAUCAUACAGGGAAAAGGCUUCAUGAGGUAUGGAAAUUUAAUUAGUCUGGUCCUCAUGACUGAUGUUUGUUGUUAAAUGAAAGAUUGUGUAAUAUCCUAACAUGUAGUGAUUGUAACUAAUACUGGUAUUCUUACUGAGUUCAUUUCCUCCAAUGCUGUAGGUUGGAUGCUGUUACUAAGCAGCUUUAAGCACAAACAUCUGCGUGUACAAUCAAAUAGCAUGUGUAGUCAGGCUGAUGGGAAUCAUAUUGCUCCACUUGUUAUCACUUGUCCACAAACGAGAAGCUUCUUAAAGAUUUAUGAAGAGUCAGCAGUUCCAGUGUAUUGAUUAUACAUCAUUUUUACAUGUUUUUUUCUUAGGACACGAUAAGGCUCACAGCCCGUUAGCAGAAAGAAGAGAAUUAUGUAUAUACACACACACACACUGUAAACUAGAUAUAUGGACAAUUUUUUUGAUUGAAGUCUUACAAGAUUUUCUGUAUUCAUUAUAUUUUUCUUAUUUGAGACAAAUAAACAAAGUAGACUCUGA